UAAAUAAUGCAUUGUGAUUCUCUUCUUCAUUGCACACAGUUGUGGAGAUCAUGGAGAAUGCAAAGAAAAUCAUGAAAACAGUCACUCAUAACUUAGAUCAAGCUUUCAUGAUGCACAGAGACAUCAUUUCAAAGAUAAAUCAAAUGGAUAAAAUCAGAAGGAAGAAGGUAACCAUUGGGAUUUUUGGAAAAUCAGGAGAUGGAAAGAGUUCCUUAUUGAAUGCAGUCCUGGGGAAAAAGGAUCUUCUGCCAUCUGAUAGCUAUGGUGCCUGUACAGCCAUUGUUACUCGGGUGGAAGCCAAUCUGGAUGAUGCCAACUACAUAGCGGAGAUUGAACUCUUCUCUAAAGAGGAGUGGGAGAAAGAGCUCAAAGAUCUUUUCAGAGUUUUGUCUGAUGAAAGUGAGGACAGGAAUGAUGACUUGUUUGAAAUUGCUGUAGAAAAGAUCACUGCGGUGUAUGGAGCUGAUGCAGACAGGAAAACAUUAGAAGAGCUCCAGAAAGAUCACACAUUUUUUGACAUUGAAACCUUUUCUUUCAGCAAGAAAAUAAUCUCACACUCUGAUGUCUCUGAAUUUACCAAUAAAGUUGCAUGUUACAUACAACACAGUGAGGCCAGUCAUGGUGGCUGGUACUGGCCGCUUGUGAAGAGUGUGACAAUCAAAACUCCAGAUUGUCACGAACUCCUGGAACACAUUGCGCUUGUUGAUAUUCCUGGGACGGGAGACUGCAAUACGGUUAGAGAUGAUCUGUGGAAAUCUAACCUGAGAGAAUGCUCUUUUGUUUGGAUUGUAAGUGCUAUCAAUCGAGCAAUCAAAGACAAAGAACCCUGGGGGAUUUUAAAGCACUGUAUUGAAGAAUUGGGACCAGGUGGAAAGUGCAAGCACAUUAAUUUCAUCUGUACAAAGACUGAUGAGAUCAAUGCACCAGGCUAUAUGAGGUAUUUUGUGAUAUCUGCAAAGCUUCCAAGACAACUCAAAGGAAAAAAGGAUCAGAAAAAAAUGUGCAUUCUUCAUAGAAAUAACCAUGCCAAGACGGAUGUCAAAAAAAGGCUAGAACAAUCUGAUAUUAAGAAAAUAUUCAGCACUGACAAUGAUUUUCAAGUUUUUACUGUAAGUUCCACUGCAUUCUUUGACCCCGAAUUAAAUCUUGAACCUAGUGAAACAGAUAUCCCAAAGCUGCAGGAUGAUCUGAUGAUUCUUAACAAGAACAUAAAGAGAGAACUGACCAGAGAUUAUGUCAAUGAAGCAAAGGGAGUUUUGUCCUUGAUCCAAAGUGUUCAACAGGAUACAGAAAAGAAAACGAAUGAAACAAGAGACAGCAUUCACAAGGAAUUAAAGAAUAACCUAAAGAAGGCACUGAAUGAAUUGGACAAUAGUUUUGACAACAUUUAUAGGGUUCUGGAACAACUUCUCUCAAAGGGAGUGGAAAAUUCAAAGCAAUCGUGUGUUGCUACCACAAAGGCCGAGAUAGUACUCAAUAAGGAUGGAAGACGUUUCCAUAAAAUCCUUCAAGCUUUGUGCAAGAAUAGAGGGGACUAUUUGUCGAGAAAUAGGGAUGUAUACAUAGACCUAAACAAGGCAUUGGCCAAAAACCUUCAUGAGUGUCUUCAAGAAGAUUUCAAGAAGAUUUUUCCUGUGAGUGGAAAAACAGGGAAGUCACUGCAGGAGGAGAUUGAUAAGUUCAGUAUCAGCCACAGUGUCUCUGCUCAUUCCAGAUCUUCCAUGUUACGCCACAUUCAGAAAUUCAUUAAAACAGAGGAAACUAAACGGAAGGCAUCGCUCAACGGAGAGAUUAUUGAUAUAAAGAAGGACAUCUACUUAUCAAUCCAAGAAACUAUUAAGAAUGAAAUGGCUUCUUGCUAUGAACAAGCUGCAGCAAUGACAGGAAUCGGGUCCAUGAAGAAAAGGCAAGACAUGCUAAUAACCACAGUCGAUAAGAUAAAACACGACAUGUUUAACAAAGCAAAAAUGGAAAUGCUUAAAAGGUUCAAUAACUUAAAGCUGUACAUAAAAGAUAAACUUGAAUCCGGACUAAAGGGAUCAAUGGAACUCUCACGGUCACAAACCAGCAAUAUCAAAUUGAUGGAUGUUUCCAGAGAGAACGAACAACUAGAGAGACUGUCAGGACAACUGAAGAGACUGUAGCCCAAGAGAAAUGGCACAAUCAACAAAGGAAACAAACACAUUAAAAUGCAACACGCUUUUAAUACAUGUUUUUACAACAAAUGUUAUCUUUUUAUCUUUUAUUUAUUUUUUACUCGCAUUUAUUUGUCUGUGUUGCUAUAUUUUUCUAAAUGUUUGUUUGGAAGAUGUGUUUUUCGAGAAGUUGUUAUUUCACAUGUUCCUUUGCCCAUCGAAUCUUUAGGCUAAAGUAUUUAGCUUGCUGUCGCAGUGGAGGUGCUCGAGGAAGCAGCUUCAACCCAAGCUUAGAUAUACCCCCUAAAAAGUGUUCAUUAGAUUUAGGACAGCAAGCUGGAAAACACACAUUCAAAGCUGGUGGCUGUAUUUGCCAAGGUAGAUUUGGCUUUUAAGUAAGG